AUGUCAUCUCAUCAUGAAGUUGAAAUGGAAAGUUUGAUAUCGUCGCCUAAUCUGGUGUCAACGCCACGAUUUAUCAGCGACAUUGAUGAACUACAGAAUCCAAUCUUCGAAAUUACGUCUCCACUACAGCCGUCGCGCCAACGUCGCAUUACUAUUAAAGUGUUGCUUGAUAUUGCGCUUUUUGUGAUACUUCUAGCAACUGGCCUAUGGUUAUUUGCUAACGUCGGUCGAAGUCUCUUAUUAAAAUCGUUUGGGGAUGCAUUUCUUAUCACAGGCAUAAUGCUUGCAAUAUUAAGUAUAUGGUUAGUUUUAACAGGAGCAUCAAUGUUUCGAAAAAUCAAUCUAUUAAAACUGAUAGCUGCUCUUAUUGUACUCAUCAUUGGACUUUCUCUGAUUCUCAUGGGUAACAAAGAAAAUCGACUAGCCGUUGGUUAUGCUUUGUUCGCUACUGCAUUGCUGAUAUUGAUAACAAAAUUUUUUUUUCUCAUUGAAGAUGAACAAAUUCGGAUUGAACGUUUAGAACGAGAAUUGAAAAAAGCAAAGCAAUCAGCUGGAAUGGGUAUGGCUUUGUCUUACUUCUACAAUUUUAUUGUGCCUACAGCAGCAAAUAUACGAUCGAUGGACGAGGGACAUACACCAAUCGAUAUGGAAGUCAGUCGUGGAAAAUUCGAAGAAUAUCAGUUGACGACCGAUCAAUUGUUUGUUAUUGUACCUCGUGAUCUUGACGGUUCUGAUAUGAAGGUAUUUCUAAAAAACGUAUCAUCAUCCCCGAAUCCGUCUGUUAUACAAGGAAAACCAAAAGAACGACCAGGUAAUGAUACACAUCGUCCGAUGUUCGUGUAUUUUCUUGAAUGGGACCCAGCAAAAAAAGAAUGUAACGGUCUAUUUGAUAUUCCAACAAUAAUAUCGGCAUGCUGGGAUCGACGUAAACACGGAAAAAAUGAUCAACACGAUACGAUCAAUAUUACUGAUGAAAUAAUGAUAUUUCAAAAUCAACUUCUUUCAUUGAUUAAUGAACAUCCAAUAACAUAUGGAAAAGUACGCAUUCUGAGUUUUCCAUCACUACCGUUUCGUUUCUCGGACAUUAAAUAUGUUGUAACACAACUAGCUCAUGGUGCAGCUUUAGAAUAG